AUGCGUUUUGUCGCGAAGGUUUUCUGCAUCUUGAAGAAUGCCCAAAACUUAGCCUGCGGACUGUGGGUGCUGGUCGCUUUGGCGUUUAUCUUCUUCGUCGUCGGAGUGCUGCCGCCCGAGGACAACCGCCUCUCCUGGCAGAGUUUUCUUUUGGGCGCUGCGGCCGCAGGUUCCAUUUAUGUCAUUGGGAGGGACCCCUGCUUUCUGCAGAGCCUACGUGACUCUGUGGCCAUGCUCACCCACCAGAACAAGCGCUUAUCGACUAGCAACGUCAAGUUGGAGAAGCAACUCCAGGAGCUGGCGGGAGUUGACCAGAAGUUCGCGGCAGUGCACAAGCAGCUAGACACUGAUGCAGAGUCCGCACUGGAGCUGCUGCGGAACUUGGAGCAUCACAGCCGGGUGCAGGCUGUGGUGUCCUCUCUGAGCUUGUUCUUGCAUGCGGACAUGGACAAAAGCGGCAGCUUGCAGGAGGAGGAGGCGGAACAACUCCUUCUGGGCUUCACGCAGCUGUGGGAUUUGAUCCCGGGCUACCCCGAGGAUGCAGUUCAGGACCUCGAGGGCGAACUUACGUUUGAGAUGUUCUCUGAGCUGCUCCGUGCGGUGGUUCAGGAGGACGCGCCGAAGUGCCGUAGCAUCCUGGACACCAUCCUCCAUCAGGACGAUGACGAUCGAAUCAUCAUGGCUGCGCCCUCGCCGGUUUAUGGUGCGCGGCAGGCUACGCCGAAGGAGGACCUCGAAAGUGGGAGCGACAGUCGUCCGGACGAAGACGACAAGAUGAAACCCUGGCUGACAGUUGGUCCUCUGCAAAUCUGGGGCGUUUUGCACCUCGGGGACCCCUGGACUCAGACAGUUCAAGUUGCAGG